AUGCCAACUAACGAUGAUCACACUACCAUCAUGGCUAUGCUCAAACCAUUUCUUCAUAUUAAAAUUAACUAUCUGGCUCGUAAACAAUCUUCUGCUUACAGUCCCUCAUGUUUGAUGAUGGAUUAUAUUGUCCACAUUAUGAAUGAUUGUCUCUGUGAUAGUAACUGUUUCAAGCGUGAUGCCCCUCACUACCACCCAUAUAUCCUACGCCUCUACUAUGGAGUCAUAUUUUGGAUCCAAUGCCUCCGCGCAGGCUUAGAAGCCCGCAAACUUCCCUCUGAGCAACAUCAAUUCCUGCUGCAAUUUCUAGAAAGUCAUUCCUUAGAAUCACUUCCAAUUGCUGCUCCUCUUCUCCCACUGUUUAAAACUUUGUGCACCUCCCAACCUGAGUACAAGAUUUUCGGUCUCGUCUACCCACAAAUCCCAAGUGAAGCCGGCCCCUGCCGCCGUGACGCAUUUAUGCGUGAAAUUGCCCCCAGUUUCUUUCUUCCUAACAUUCCUGGUGUUUUUGCACUCUUAGAUCACCUAAACUCUCUAGCCACUGCUCCUUCUAAACAGGCUCACAUUCCUGUUACUGAAACUGCUACCGCCGCUGUUGUCUUUGGUCACUACUCAUUUCCUCCCCUUAAUGAAAGAACCGAUUUUGAGAAGUACGCCCUUUGCUCCGCAGGCCUCCAGUACCUCUGUGAAGCCGACAAGAAACUGAAUGAAGAGUUCGCUGAACGUUAUACAUAUUUCCAAUUUCCAGUCACUCGAGCUGAUGACGAUCUGCGCCCCAUCGCCAACUUUCUGCACAUGAAUGAAGAUAUGGAAUGGUUUACCCGUGUCAAAGCUGUAGCCGCCAUCGCGGCUAGAUAUUUCACAGGGUCAGAGACUCUUGCUGACUGCUCUCCUUCUGGCGUCGCUGCUAACCAGUACGUUUGUAAGAUGCAAACACCUGCCAUUCCGCCCACUCCGCCCCGGCAAUCAGCUGAUAGGCAAGCCCUUUUUCCCUUCGCCUUCCGUCUCUGCACCACCCUUACCAGCCCCCCUACUCCACUCACGGAAGCUAUGGCCGCCAUGGCCCAGACUCACAUUCAGAUGUUUCCGACCCAUCCUUACCUCGGACAAUUUGGAAACCCGGUUGGAACAGGCCCUUUUUGGGAUGUUCGCCCCAUUGAGAUGUCAUCCCCCGAUGAAUCAGCUUAUCUGAGCCUCCGUGCUGUGAUCAAAAGUCUUAUGCUCUCAAAAACCAAUUAA